AUGAUGAGUGAUCAAUUCGUCAAGUGCAAAAUAAGAAUAAACAGAAGGCUUCAAACUGAGUACCUGAUAAACAAUAUAAUUGAUCAAGAUUUCCAAGCUAUGUUGUUUCCAUUGAACUUUGUACAGUCUUGCUUUUUGAUGCCUAGCUUCAGCAUUAUUAACAAUUUCAUCACUCCUGACCACCAAGUGUCUUUUUACAUAAAGUCGAUAAUCGGUUGCACUGCUAUUGCCCUGAGCCACGUCUUUCGUUUUUUGUACUUUUACGAUGCUACUAGGACUUAUGGCACUGAAGUGGUUACUUUUUUGCUUUAUUUCGAUUUCAUAUUUCUUUUUAUAACUUCAAUCAUUGUCCAUAUCGUCAAUUCAUUCCAGAGAAGCUAUGUCGUUGAGCUUAUUAUUCAAUCGCAACAUGUGCUUGACCGCAUUAAAACUGACAAAACAGAUUUUUUUUAUAAACUCAAGAUCCAAAAUUGGCUUAGUGUAUUGUUUGUUGUUAGUAUUUACAUUUAUCAUUGGUUUUCGACUUGUAUUGAUUUUAGUUUUCUUGAUUUGGUGGUCAGUUUUUCUUUGACAGUACCACUGAUGAUUUAUGACAUGCAAGUAGUUCACGUUACUCGAUAUGUUGUAAUGAUAAAAAACGAGUUGAUCGCUUGGAUCCAUAAAAUGGAAGAAUAUAAGAGAAUACACGAUAAACCUGAAGAAGAAGUAAAUUAUGAGGUUUCGGAAAGCGAUAUGUUUAAUGUAUAUUCUGAUAUACUUAAAGCGUUUCGUUUAAGCAACAAAGUGUAUCAGUUUUCGGUAAGUUUGUAUAAAUACAGAAAAAUACGACACAUCUUCGUUUGCGUUGAUUUACCAGGUAUGCGCAAGACUUGCAAGAACGUGUUGCGGCUGAACCGCGCGUCGCUGCGCAAGAUGUCGGCGUUCGGCGUGUUCGAACUCGACGCAAUGUUCCCGCUGCGGCUGCUCGGCGUGAUUGUGACCUAUACCGUUGUGCUGCUGCAGAUCGCCUUCGUGUCGACCUAA